AGGCAAGAGGGGACAAAGUCAAGUGGGUGUUCACCUGGCCACUCAUCUUCCUCCUGUGCAUCACCAUCCCCAACUGCAGCAAGCCCCGCUGGGAGAAGUUCUUCAUGGUCACCUUCAUCACGGCCACGCUGUGGAUUGCCGUGUUCUCCUACUUCAUGGUGUGGCUGGUGACUAUUAUUGGAUACACCCUUGGGAUCCCUGAUGUCAUCAUGGGCAUUACUUUCCUGGCAGCGGGGACAAGUGUUCCAGACUGCAUGGCCAGCUUAAUUGUGGCGAGACAAGGCCUGGGAGACAUGGCUGUCUCUAACACCAUAGGAAGCAAUGUGUUUGACAUCCUCGUAGGACUCGGCAUCCCAUGGGGCCUGCAGACCAUGGUUGUUAAUUAUGGAUCCACGGUGAAGAUCAACAGCCGGGGUCUGGUCUAUUCUGUGGUGCUGUUGCUGGGCUCUGUCGCUCUCACUGUCCUGGGCAUCCACCUGAACAAGUGGCGGCUGGACCGGAAGCUGGGCAUCUACGUGCUGGUUCUCUACGCCGUCUUCUUGUGCUUCUCCAUAAUGAUCGAGUUCAACGUCUUCACCUUCGUCAACUUGCCGAUGUGCCGGGAAGACGACUAAAGCUGAGCCGAUGCCCCCAGGAGCUGUCUGACCACCUUGUGACGCUGGCAUCCUCCUCUCUCCCUCCUUCCCCUGUCACGGGUCUCUCCUGCAUUGGCAGCCACCGUCUGUUCUUUCUUACACUGGAAGGAAGAGCUAUCGUGGUCUUUGGUCACAGGCCAGGCUGCGGGGAUCCUCCUCUUCCUUGGAGUUCUGCCCCACAAGGCAGGAUUUGGGGUCGUUUUGUGAACAGCUUCACGGACCCACUGAGCUGCCAGCCACAGGAAUGUGUCAAGCAUCUCGUCUCUGUUCUGCACAUUGAGUCAAAAGGACUUCUGUGUGCAGUUUGUCUUUUUGUCACGUGGGCAACCUCGAAAAUGAGGUGGUCAGUGAGCAUGAGGUCUCCUGGGGCAAUGUUCUCAAGUGUCGCCUCUGGGCCACAGGGGUGAGUUUCUGAGCAUGUGCUACUAAGAGCCUCCAACUUCGUGGGAAGCACCCACAGUUUGGAGGGGGCAAGGCCUCCACCUGUUAGGGGCUUGGGACCAUGGUGGCAGACAUUCCACCCCUCUUUCUGGAAAAAUUGGAAGAAUGGAAACAAUUUUUUACAGCAGAAGAGAGAACACGAGUGAUUAUUCUUAUCACUUUUAUUGAUGCAUUCAGAGAAUGAGCAAUGAAAUAUUCAAAAUAAAACAUGAUAUAGAUCAUCAUA